UGUCACCGUGUUGUUUAAGGUACAGCUGAUCUUGGAAGAGGAGACUUUUGCAAAGAUGAGUUCACCACCAAUCUGCACAGAGAUUGUCAAAUGCCUGGAGAGUUUUUGGUCAAAGAAACAGCUGAUUGAUUUCACAGUUAAGAUCGAUAAAGAAUCAAUAGAAUGCCAUAGAUUUAUUUUAGCGGCAUGCUCUGAUUUCUUCCAAGCCCUUUUUAAUUCGGGAAUGAAAGAAGUCACAGAUAAUUUUGUUACUUUAAAAGAUAUUUCUGUUGCAGAGUUUGAGUUGAUUUUAAAGGCAAUAUAUACAGGGGUCGAUAUUUUAACAUUAGACAACUUUAUUGAAGUUUGGCGAGCAGUUCAUCAGCUUCAGAUUCAUUUUAUGAUAGAUUUGUGUGAGAAAUUUGCUAUAAAAUCAAUUUCAAUGGACAAGUGGCAAAGCAUUUACAAAAAUGCUCACCUGUUAAAUUCGAAACCAGUUCUUACUGAUCUUCAUUUGUUUAUGUUACAAAACUUUGAGAAAAUCUGUCAUGACCCAACGUUUAUGCUCCUUCAGUUUGAUGAGAUUCAUGACUUAAUAAAAAGUCAAGAUCUGGUAGCCAAUAUAGAAGAUUCAGUUCUUGAGACAGUGAUCAACUGGGUAGAUCAUGAUGAGAAUAUUGAUAGUUGUGAUGAUGCAUUCAAUCAAGCUAGUAAUAUUGAAGACGAAGUAGAAACGAACGACACAAAAGAAAACAAUAAUGGUAGCGAUUUGAAAGAUGAAGAAACAGAUACAGAUUUUAUGAAUAAUGAAUGUGUUACAAGAGAUACCAAUAAACAGGACAAUGAGGUAGAUAAUACAUACUUAUCGACAAGAAAAGAUAAACUUACAGAGCUGCUAACGUCUGUGAGGACAUGUCUUGUAAGUCCUUCAGUUUUAUCUCGCAUGUUUAAACAUCGGCUGGUUAUAAACAAUAACGAUGCAAAAAACAUUAUUUUUACUGCUUCGUUAUAUCCUGCUCUAGAUUUUAGACACGGGCAGUGGCCUUCAUCAGCGGUACACAGACUGUGCAGUGAAUAUAAACACUGUGUCGUGUAUACAAGUGACAAUAGUAAUUAUAUUUACGUGUUAGAUGCUAAUGAAGAGAAAUCGUACUACAUUUCCAAUAGUUGUCUUUUGCAGCGAGAACUACAAUUCGUUUCUUUUAACAAUGAAUUGUACGCUGUAGGAAUGCAGAAUUCAAAUUACCCUAAUGGGAUAUGUCGAAUGAAUGUGUGGUGCGAAGGCGAGUGGGUAGAGGUUCUUUUACUACCUCUAAUAAUGCCAGUGGGCUAG